UUUUAUACUUGGCUCUAUUCGUCUUGGACGGUUGAGUUAGCUCCUCCCGUGUUCUCGAAUUUACGCGACUAUCUGAAGGGGAGCCCUCUCAGCCGUUUUACGCAGCUCUUUUCUGUAGAAGUCUCUGCUCGAGUAUAAAAUUUCUGACCAUGGUUUCCUCCAUUGAAGAGGCAAAAGUUCACGUCGCGUUGCUCGCAUUGUACUUGAACAAAGCGGAAACGCGUGACAAGAUUUGCAGGGCCAUCCAGUAUGGCUCCAAGUUUAUCAGCGGGGGUGAACCUGGCGUUGCAGCCACUGUGGACAAAAACACCAGUUUAGCGCGAAAAGUUUUCAGGCUUCUGAAGUCCGUCAAUGAGAUCCAGAAUCUUCUCAGUCCCGCUCCUAAGACAACGCCUCUAUUCUUGGUGCUGCUCGGAAGGAUUAAGAGCGCAUUGUUGGCGACGUUCCUUGGCUUGGAUCAAGUGGUGUGGCUGGGUCGGUCUGGCAUUUAUCAGAACAAGGAACGGAGUGAUCUGAUUGCCAAGCUUUCUCUCCACUGCUGGAUGUCUAGCUGCGGAGUUUCCUCCAUCAUCGAGGUCUGCGAGCUUUAUCGGCUUUCUAUCACAUGCGCCAAACUCAGCAAGGAAAUUCGUCGUGCCAAGGAGAAGAAGAACGCGAUUGAGCAAGCCAAGCUGAAAGACCAAUUGCUGGCUGCUCUAGCGAAGGCACGUCAGCGACAAUUGAGCUUUGUGAAGGCAUCCACCGACAUCGUCGUUGCAAUUGGCCUGCUCCAGCUCGCACCGAAGACAGUCACACCUAGAGUCACUGGAGCACUGGGCUUCAUUACUUCGCUGAUCUCUUGUUACCAGCUCCUGCCAGCUGCCCCUAGCGCAAAAUCGGGCUAGUGAUGGUGCACAUGAGAGCGUCAAAUAGACAUUUGUUCUGACUCGUUCAACCAAGAUAGAGAACACCGUCGGCACUAAAUGGAGAGGGUGUAUGCUGUGGGAGCUGCAUUCCAGGCUGGUGCUUCAGAGUGGAGCAAAGUGGAUAGGGGUUGCUGAUAACCAUCAUUGCUCUAUGUGCUUACAGUCAUUUAGACUGCAUACCGUUGCAAGACAUGUAAUUGUGGUUGGUCUACAUGCACCAAACCUUGAUGGUUGCCAUGCCACAGCUGUUGUGGUUAGGGCUAGAUUUAUGGUGCAUUGUUGGAAUCUGCUGUCUAAGAAUAGUUUGUUGGAGCUGGGG